AAACAUAUUGCAUUAGUUGUAUUGUAAGGGUUAGGUAGUAAAUGAUAUUACCUGUAUAUAAAUAUCAAAAACCUCAGAGAUGAGGACGACUCAUUUUCCCAAUCAGUUCGACAGACAUUCGUUCCAUUUUAAGAUGUCAGGAGAAAUUUACGAUAUGAGUAACAGAUAUUAUUCAAACAAUGAAAUAAAGGAAAAUUGCUGGAAGGACAUUAGUGAGGAGAUUAAUUUAACAGAAAAAUCACAAAUUACAAGUUUAGAGGAAAGUUUUAACCAAUCUGCUGAACAAGAAAUUAAUAUCGAAACUGAUGACGAAAGUCAGUCAGACUUAAGUUCCUCACCGUCAACCCCAUCGACUUCAGAGUCGAUUAAUUCAAAACCUCGUCCACAAACUCGAAAAUCUGUUUUCGAUGUAUUACAGAAUUACUUGGACAACAAAAAGAAUGAUAGAGAAGAAACACCGAAAGAUUCGUUAAGAAGUUUUUUUAUGAGCAUGGCAGAUGCAACAGAGAAUCUACCUCCACACUUACAAAUAGAAGUAAAAUCAAAAGUAUUUAAGGCAGUUAUUGACGCUGAAGUUGCAGCAUUAUCUGCUAAACAAAUACAAGAGUAG